UUCUAAAGCCCACGAUGGAUCCACUGCAUCUAUAAAAGCUUUAUGGGAGAACUGCGUCCUGAGAACCGAGCCCCGGCGGCUCCUCUGCGUAAAAACGGGCGGAUCUUAGGACCCGUGGACUCAUCCGCGGCAGAAUAAUAAAAGUUGGGACGUGUGAGCUGUCGACAAAGCAGUCUGUGUCAAAGUGUGUGCAGCCGGUUCCUCCUCCGCGGCUGUGAGCAGACUGCGGCAGCAGCCAGCUGCGCGGCUGCGCUGCGUUCAGGGGCAGGAGGAGGAGCAGGAGGAGUGAGCGGCCGCGGUUUCCGGAAGAGAGGGUGUGAAACAUGGGACGAGUGUCGGGUCAGCAGCUGAUCCGGCCUCACACCUAAGACAAGAGGCUGUCUCCAGGACUGGACCGCUGAACGGCCCGCCGUGGAGAGAGAGGAGGGGGAAGCAGAGGGGCGACGCGCAUCCAAACGGGACACCCCUCCCCGGGAGCGGAACGCUGAAGGGGGCUCGAUUGGCUCCAGGGAAGCGCUGACCAUCAGGACCACAGGCUGGUCCAGGUCUGGUUGAUGCUGCAGGCUGUUCCCUGGAUCUCUCUCUGCCGACUGCUCGGCCAUCAUGGCGAUGAGUGGUGACCCCGGUUGCGAGAGGCUGGAGCCCAACUCUGCCGCGCAGACAAGCAGUCUCUCAGACUUCAUGGCUGCCAUGACAACAAAGGACACUGACGGUUCGGCUGCCAACGGCGUGAAAAACAGCCAGGCUCAGCAGUGCGGGAGUCAGACCAAGAGGACCCAAGUGCUGCGGCCCAACCUGAGCGGCAGGAAGCUGUCACUCCAGGAGAGGGGCUAUUAUCCACCAUCAGGGCAAAUGCACAUUUCUCCCCGUGUGGCUCCCAGGCCCACAGUGGAGUCCAAACGGGUGUCCAUAUCAGACUCUCAGGACUGCAUCCAGCUGAACCAGUACAAGCUAAAGAGUGAGAUAGGAAAGGGCUCCUAUGGUGUGGUGAAGCUCGCCUACAACGAAGAUGAUGACAAACAUUAUGCUAUGAAGGUGCUAUCAAAGAAGAAGUUAAUGAAGCAGUGUGGUUUUCCACGCCGCCCUCCCCCCAGAGGACCGAAGGCAGCUCAAGGAGACCAGCCCAAAAUCUUAGGACCUCUUGAAAGAGUCUAUCAAGAAAUUGCCAUCCUUAAAAAACUGGAUCAUGUCAACAUAGUCAAGCUGGUGGAGGUGCUGGACGACCCAUCAGACGAUAACCUCCACAUGGUGUUUGAGCUCAUGCCAAAGGGUCCGGUGAUGGAAGUGCCAACCGAGCAUCCCUUUUCUGAGGAGCAAGCUCGCCUUUACUUCAGAGACAUCAUCCUGGGAAUAGAGUACUUGCAUUAUCAGAAGAUCAUCCACCGGGAUAUCAAGCCUUCUAACUUGUUACUGGGCGAUGAUGGUCAUGUGAAGAUAGCCGACUUUGGAGUCAGCAACCAGUUUGAGGGGAAUGACGCGUUACUGUCCAGCACCGCCGGCACCCCUGCCUUCAUGGCGCCGGAGACCCUGUCAGAGAAGCACAAGAGCUUCAGUGGAAAAGCGCUGGAUGUGUGGGCCAUGGGAGUCACUCUCUACUGCUUCGUCUUUGGAAAGUGUCCAUUUAUCGACGAGUACAUACUGGCUUUGCACAAUAAGAUAAAGACCAAGCCUGUGGAUUUCCCAGAAACACCAGAGAUCAGUGAAGCGCUGCGGACUCUGAUCUUGCGGAUGCUGGAUAAGAACCCAGACACCAGAAUCACCAUUCCUGAGAUCAAGAUGGACCAGUGGGUGACCAGAGGAGGCACUGACCCCCUGCCCCUGGAAGAGGAGCACUGCUCUGUGGUGGAGGUGACGGAGGAGGACAUCCAGAACUCUGUGAAGUUUGUUCCCAGCCUCUCUGCCGUGAUCCUGGUGAAGGCCAUGCUGAGGAAGCGCUCCUUCAGUAACCCGUUUGAGAGUCCGAGCAGGAGGGAGGAGAGGUCCAUGUCUGCCCCCGGCAGCCUGCUCAUGGACUCGUGGCCCCUCCGUCCCUCUUUAAAACUCCACCCCUCCCGCAGAAAGAGCAGUGGAGGAGAUGGACCCAGAGAGGGGGAGCUGGAGGACCUGCAUGAAGACGAGCCCUUUUCUUGAGUCUUCAUCCUCACCGCCGCCGUCUGCUUCACACCUCCAUCGCUUGACCUCCAGUCUUCAUUCUCACAUUUCACCAACUCCGCUCUAGUUCAACUUCAAUUUGAAAACUCAUGCUUCACUCCUGCUCUCGGGGGUGGAGCUCCGAGCUUCACUUGUCCUCAGCAGCUCGACCGUCAGCUGGAAAAACCUUUAAGUUAUUGUUUGGGAGAAGCUGGCAGGAAAACCCGUCUGCUUUCAUCCUCAUGCAAACGCUGGAAAACGAGGUUUAGACUGUCUGCAUUCAGCCGGCUCACUACAGGGCUUUUCUUUGAAGUCGUGCACAGACAUCUUCAGCACUUUUCUUAUCGUUGUGCCAUUGGAACCCAAAACUGCCUUUACAGACUUUGGACGGCAGAGCUUCUGUGGUGGGAGGAAAAAGCACACAUGAAGACGACGUUGUUUCAUGCUUCUUCUCCUCUAACUGUGUCAUGUCCUUGCUCACAGGUGUGUUUUUAUACCCACACCGAGGCAAAAAGUGGAGCAUUUUAAAGUAGAUCUUCAAUGUUUACUGUAAACGAGAUGAGAGAAUGGUUGUUCUCCACACUCAACAUGACUGUGAAACGUCUUAUUUUAAGACACGCUAGAAUGUGGAGCUCAUUUGAAAGUAUGAGGAGGAAGAAUGAUUCCCUACAGGCCCUUUAUGCUAAUCUCUAUACCUUUAUGCUAGUGGUUUUGGUUUUUUUUUUAGAUUAAGAAGGUGAGAGUGAGGAGCUCACACUGCAAAAAGCGAAACAUUGUAUCAAUUAACAUUUGAUUUAACAUAAAAAAAUAUUCGUUUUUAUCAAAUUACAUUUUUAAGUUGACUAAACCAUCAAUUAAAAAUGUCAAUUUGAUGAAAACUGAUCAUUUUAAAUGUAACAAAUUACAGAGAUUUUCUUCAUGUUUCCCUUUUACAGUGCAGGUCAGCCAUGACAGAUGCUUGAGGACCAUCAGGGAGGGAUAAGCAGACGUGACAGGGCUCUUUUUAGCAUCACGAGAAGCAGAUAAAACAAAAACACAUUUUACCUUUGAAACCCGCUUUGUGUUUACAUGUUUGUAAGGAUCCAAAUCUGCUUUUAAUGACAAAAGUACAAAAAUACAGUAAAAAUGUGAUGAUCUCACAUUUAGUUAUUUAGAAAUCACUGCAAAUUGUUAUUAUUAUUAUUAUUAUUUUUUUUUAUUUUAAGUCAAUUUUCCUGAAUUUGUGUUGGAGCUCAUCUGUUCGUAGUCAUGGCAACAGCACCCUCCUGUUUUCUUAAAGUUUACACGAGAGUGAGCGUCUUUACGUUUUGGUUUUGUGCAACAAUACAAUUAGAAGGACAAGUUUUCUUGCAGAAAUGGUUGCUUGUUUUUAUGACAGUGCACAGGGUUGCUGCCAUGUUUUUGUGAUAAACACAGGAAGUUUGGCGUUUUGGUCUUUUUAAAGUCAAAUUGCAAGCUAUGCAACAAAAUGCUCAAGCUUAUUGUUUCCGCACACCAAUUAUAAAA